AAGCUUCCUCGAUAACAUUUCCAGCCUUUCCACCCAGCGAGCGAGCGAGCGAGCGAGCGAGAACAAUGGCGGCGGUGAGGGCUGGCUUCCGGCGGCUGUUCUCUGUCUCCGCCUUCUCUCCUCCUCCUGCCGCCGCGCCCCGUCCUGCGGCCGAGCCCUCCACCAAUCUCUUCGUCUCCGGGCUUAGCAAGCGUACUACAUCAGAGGGACUUAGGGAAGCUUUUUCAAAGUUUGGUCAAGUGAUCCAUGCGAGGGUUGUGACUGAUCGUGUAUCAGGAUAUUCUAAAGGUUUUGGUUUUGUAAGAUACACAACAGUAGAAGAAGCAGCGGAAGGUAUAAAAGGCAUGGAUGGCAAGUUUCUGGAUGGUUGGGUUAUUUUUGCCGAGUAUGCUAGACCAAGACCGCCCCCACAAGGACAACCACAGCCUCAAACACCACCACCACAACCACCUCAGAUGGCGGAGUCUCCGUAUGGCUAUCAGUAGAAAUUUGAAGACAUUCAAAGAUGUUGAUACUUAUGGGAUUUUUCAAAUGUUUUAAUGACUGUUGAACAUUUUAUUUGUCUCUUGAAUGUACUGAUCAUCAUUUAAUAGGAACCAUGAUCAAUUAAUGAUGUAACAGGGGUAUGAUGAACGUAUAAAAGACUAAUCUUAUAUACCUAUAAUUUUGUCAUAGACUUGCUUCUCUAUGUGCCAAAAAUGGAACAUGAAGAAUCAGCAUAAAACUUUUUAUGGGU